AUGUUCUUCUCAAAAAGUAAUAGCUUAGCGAGGAUUCUUCACCUCCUGUGUUUUUGUUUCUCUCUGACCAUUAAUCUCUCAUCUGAAGCCAACAUCAUAUCUUCAAGCCAGUCUCUAUCUGGAGACCACACAAUCAUAUCCCAAGGUGGAAAGUUUGAGCUUGGUUUCUUCAAAGCAGGUAACUCUUCCAAGUAUUACAUAGGCAUAUGGUAUUAUAAGAAGCUCCAUUUCAAUCUUCACACCAUAGUUUGGGUGGCAAACAGAGAAACACCCAUCUCUGAUAGAUUCCGUUCAGAAUUAAAAAUCAUUGAUGGUAAUUUGGUGCUCUUGAAUGAAUCCAAGUUGCAGAUUUGGUCCACAAAUGUCACAACCACCACCACCACCACUUUGAACUCUGCAACAGCUGUUAUUCUUGAUAAUGGUAACUUAGUUUUGAGAGACUCCGGUUCAAAUUCAAUUGAACCUUUUUGGCAAAGUUUUGAUCACCCAACUCAUACUUGGUUGCCUGGUGCUAAACUUGUUUAUGAUAAUAAAGAGAAUAAGAGUCGGCUGCUUACAUCAUGGAAAAGUUAUGAAGAUCCUGCUGUAGGGCUGUUUUCUCUUGAGCUUCACUCGUCUACUAAAGAGUACGUAAGUAAAUGGAAUGGGUCCCAGCAAUAUUGGACAAGUGGGUCUUGGAAUGGGAAAAUAUUUGACUUGGUGCCUGAAAUGAGUUAUGCUUACAUUUAUAAUUUCAGCUACCAUAUGAAUGAGAAUGAGAGUUCUUUCACUUAUUCUCUGUAUAAUCCUGCCAUUAUAUCUAGAUUAGUAUUGGAUGUCUCUGGUCAACUUCAGCAACAAGUAUGGUCGGAAUCUACAGCAGAGUGGGCUAUGUUUUGGUCUAAACCAAAAGAAGUGUGUGACAUCUAUGGUUUAUGUGGGGCUUUUGGUACUUGCAGACAGACUGAAUUUCCAUUAUGUAAUUGCUUGACUGCUUUCGAGCCAAGAUCAGAGAGUGAUUGGAAUCAGAGUGACUUCUCCGGUGGGUGUGUGAGAAAAACUGAUUUGCAGUGUGGAAGAAUUGAAGAAAAGCCUGAUUUUAUCAUGAUUACAGUGAAGAAACUGCCUCCACAUAACUCUGUGGCAUUUGGGAGUGCUGGAGAAUGUGGUACAACCUGUUUGAACAAUUGCUCCUGUAAUGCUUAUGCUUUUGUCGAUAAUCAGUGUUUGGUUUGGCAUGGAGAUCUCUUGAACCUCUUGGAAGAUGGUAGAGGGAAAACAAUGUAUGUCAAAGUUGCUUCUAAAGAUCUUCCACAUCAUAAGAAGAGUAAUCUGGUCACCAUGGGAGCUGUUGUUGUGUGCAUGGCAGGUGUGGUUUUGGUCUGGGGUUGCCUUGUGAAGACUCAAAAAGUACGUUCUUCCCUAGUUUGGUUGCGGAUGUUCUUGUUGGGGGAGGUGAUAUCCUUAGGUUGCUAG